UCAUCUAUUUCUAGAAUAUAAAACUUCAUAUAUACAACAUUUGAUACAUUAUGGUUUUGUCAAAACGAAAUAGUCACAAAAAGAAAGACGAAGAGAAAGAGCCUGUUCUUAAAAAUAAAUCUGACAGUGAAAACAAAGAGAAAAAACAUGAAAGCUGGAUGUGUACUCGGAUUGCAUCUAAUCUGCUAAAAGUUGUUUUCUUUAUUCUUGUUAUACCGGCUUUCUUGAACUUUGCAGCUUUGACAAGAGAAGAAAAAGAAUUUAGACCUGAAGGAGUGCUUAUUGAUGUAAAACAUGGUCAAAAAUUGUUUAAAAGUUGUAUUGGUACAGGAAAACCAACCGUUAUCUUGGAUUCACCUAUUGGAGAAACGUCUGAUGUGUGGAGUCUGGUUCAACCAGCAGUGGCAAAGUUUACCAAAGUAUGUAUUUAUGAUAGAGCUGGUCUUGGAUUUAGCGAUAGAGUUGUUAAAGGUGUAAACGAAAGUAAAACACAUGGCAAAGCUCAUACUGUGGAACGUAUGGCUGAGGAUUUACACAAAUUAUUUGAGAAUGAAGAGAAGCCGUAUAUACUUGUUGGUGCAGAUCUUGGUGCUACAGCUAUGAAGUUUUACACACAGAUCUUUCAAGAUACUGUGGCUUCAGCUGUUUUUAUUAAUCCGUUAUUUAAUGGUCUCUUUCUGGGCAAAGACAAUCCAUGGACAGCAUAUUGGUUCAACUCAUAUUUACCUUCACUGCAACUCCAUCAUAUAUCAUCCGCACUUGGCUUGACAAGGCUUGGCUUGCAGACAAAAUUGUUACACCAACCCAUGAAUUAUCCUGGGGCAUCAGAAGAUGUACAAAGAAGGCAGAAAUAUUUGCGAUGUAAACCAGGCCAUAUGAGCUCGGUGGUGGAAGAAAGUUACUUCUUAAAUGAGAGUUUGUCUCAAGCAAGAAUGCUUCAGAAAAUACGCCCCUUUCCUGACAUUCCGGUCACGGUGGUAUGGACAGAUCAAUAUAAUGAGAAAAUGUCACCAGCUCGUACGCAGGUCUGGUUAAAGUCCCAUGAAAUGUUCAUGAAAACAUUUGCGCCGAAAGACGUUCAAGUGAUUAAAAUGAAAGACUUUUUACCCAAGACUCUGUUUACCAAAUAUAAAAGUAUAGCAAGAAUAAUAGAAAAAGCAGUUACUAAAUGGAGGACUAAGACAAAACAUACAGCGAAAUAUUAACUUCGAGAUUGUAUGAAUGUUCGGAUUUUAUGCUUUUACAAUUUA